GGCUCCAAAUAUGCACUUUUUUUAAGCCCAAAUCUCUAUCCAUAUUUCAGAACAGUCAUGGUCUACCUCACAAAAUGCGAUUCCAUGUCUGAAUUUCAUUUUGUUUCUCGAUGCAACACGUGAAAUUGAAUUUGACUCAACACAAUUGGGUUGUUGUAUUGACUUCGUUGGCUAAUGAUCACACUUCUCGCUUGCAGUCAGUAUUAUAUCAUCUGAUCUGAAGUAUACCAUUUCCAUACUACCUCGUUCCUGCAACUUCAAUGGAGAAAUCUGGAUAUGGAAGGGAUGGGGUCUAUCGAUCCCUGCGACCUCCUGUGGUUUUUCCUAAGGACCCAAACCUUUCUAUGGUCUCUUUUCUAUUCAGGAACUCUUCUUCUUACUCUGACAAACUUGCUCUCGUGGACGCCGAUUCCGGCGAUGCCUUGAACUUCAGCCAGUUGAAAUCCACGAUUGCUAAGGUUGCUCAUGGUUUGGUUCGCUUGGGCAUAAAGAAAGGCGAUGUUGUUCUCAUAUUAGCCCCUAAUUCGGUUCAAUUCCCCAUUUGUUUCUUGGGGGUUGUUGCUAUUGGAGCUAUUGCUACCACUGUGAAUCCUCUUUACACCACCGCAGAGAUCGCCAAGCAGGUGAACGACUCUGGCCCGAAGCUCGUAAUCACUGUUCCUCCAUUAUGGGACAAGGUGAAGGAUUUCGGGUUACCAGCUGUCUUUUUGGGGCCUCCGAGUGCUUCAUCGAUAGCCUCCCGUGCCAGAACUACUUCCUUCUUUGACCUGGUUAACAUGGCGGGAGGGUCAGUAUCCGAUUUUCCUGUAGCUUCUGUUAAACAGAGCGAUACUGCAGCUCUUCUGUAUUCAUCUGGUACGACAGGUACGAGUAAGGGUGUGAUUCUGACUCAUCGGAAUUUCAUCUCGGCCGCUAUCAUGGCAACUGCCGACCAGGACGUCGACAGAGAGACGCACAAUGUUUUCCUCUGUUUUCUUCCUUUGUUUCACAUAUUCGGGCUUUCAAUUAUUACGUAUGCGCAGUUGCAGAGGGGCAAUAUGGUUGUUACUAUGGGGAAGUUCGAUAUUGAGAUGGUUCUGAAAUCGAUUGACAAGUACAGAGUGACUUAUUUGUUUGUUGUGCCACCAGUCAUGAUUGCUCUUGCGAAGCAGAGUGUGGUCAAGAAAUACAACGUGUCUUCUUUGAGGAAGCUUGGUUCGGGUGCUGCGCCUCUGGGGAAGGAGAUAAUGGAGGAAUGUGCAAAGAAUUUUCCUCAGGCUGUGGUCGUUCAGGGCUAUGGUUUGACAGAGACUUGUGGAAUAGUCUCACUAGAUAAUCCAAGGGGUGGAGCUCGCCAUACUGGUUCAACUGGAACCCUUGUUCCGGGGAUUGAAGCACAAAUAGUUAGUGUAGACACAUUGAAGCUUCUUCCUCCUAAUCAAUUAGGGGAAAUAUGGGUUCGAGGACCCAAUAUGAUGCAAGGUUAUUUUAACAAUCCACAGGCUACCAAGUCCACUAUAGAUAAACAAGGUUGGGUACAUACAGGAGAUCUUGGGUAUUUUGAUGAUGAAGGACGAUUAUUUGUUGUUGACCGAAUAAAAGAGCUCAUCAAGUACAAAGGCUUUCAGGUUGCACCGGCAGAGCUUGAAGGACUUCUUCUUUCUCAUCCUGAAAUAUUAGAUGCUGUUGUCAUCCCACUUCCUGAUGCUGAAGCUGGUGAGGUCCCAAUUGCUUAUGUUGUCCGCACUCCCAACAGUUCACUGACCGAAGAAGAUGUUCAAAAAUUUAUUGCCAAGCAGGUUGCACCCUUCAAAAGAUUGAGGAGGGUAACAUUCACAAAUAGUGUUCCAAAAUCAGCUUCAGGGAAGAUUCUUCGGAGAGAGCUUAUACAGAAAGUUCGGUCCAAGCUGUAAGAAUAAGAUGUUACCACAUUUCUUUUGUUAGCUGCUCAGCUACUGCAUACACAUAGGUUGUUAUUUUCAAGGUAUAUGUCUAUGUAUCAAUAAGCUGAAAUAAUUGAUGUGAGGACCAACUUCAUAAAUGAUUUGGAACAGGAAAAAAAAGCAUGUAUGUGAAUUUGCCACGGAAACAAUUGAAUCAACUCUUCUAGGUGUGCAAAUGUGCAUACACA